CACGCGCCUCCUGAGACGCCAUCUGAACCUGAAGGACCUUCUGGUUGAGGUAGAAGGUCCUGCAUGUAAAACUCUGUGUCUCGAUCAGUUGAUGGGUCCCGAGGCCUCCGCCGGUUUUUCUAGUUCAUUCAUAGGCUCUGCUUUACAGGAUCAAGCCUCGAAACUGGGUGUCCCAGUGGCUGUGCUGUCCAUCCGGACAGUGGUGUCCAGCAUUGUGCAGAUCUGUGCGUCCAGUGGCGAGCCCUCCCACAAGGUGCUCCUGAACGCAGAGCAAAGGAAGAAACUGUCUUCCUUGUUGGAGGUGGCUCAGUAUUUAUUAGCUCAUGGAAUGUUCUCCCGUCUCUCCUUCUGUCAAGAGCUUUGUGAAGUCCAGAAUUCUUUGUUGCUUGAAGCUAUAUGGCGUCUUCAUGUACAGAACAUUGUGAGCCUCCCGGAGCUGUGGGAAAGUCCUGCCGACACCCAGUCCACGGUCGCGUGGCUCUUCAGGGACCUGUGCCUGCUGUGUGAGCAGAUGGACGCAUCCAGUCAGCACACUGACAUCGCCCAGACUAUGCUUUCUGAUUUUGUGCAGUUGUUUGUUUUGAGAGGAUUUCAGAAAAACUCGGAUCUCAGAGGUGCGGAGCCUACACACGUGGCCCGGGUUGCGGUGACCGUGCUGCAGAGGAUGCUGGUCUUCGCUCUCGAGGCGUUGGCCACCGGGCUGCAGGACGGAUCCCCAGCGCACAGGACCGUGAAGAACUGGUUCGGCGUGUUCUGUGGACACAUGUGUGGCGGAAUGAUUUCAGCAGAUGUGCCGAAGAGAUUUUUCAGUCAUACUCUGACUCAGGUGCUAACUCACAAGCCUGUGCUGAGAGUUUCUGAUGCUGUUCGGAUGCAGAGGGAGUGGAGCUUCGCGAAGACCCACCCUCUCCUCACCAGUCUGUACCGCAGGCUCUUCGCCAUACUGUGCCCGGAGGAGCUGCUUGGCCACUUCCAGGAGGUUCUGGAAACACACGAGGUGAACUGGCAGCACGUGCUCUCCUGUGUGUCUACACUGGUGAUCUGCCUGCCCGAAGCGCAGCGACUGAUUAAAGACUGGGUGGCCCGACUGCUGGCCCGAGCGUUUGAGAGCUGCGACCUGGACAGCAUGGUCACCGCGUUCCUGGUGGCACGUCAGGCUGCGCUGGAGGGCCCCUCCGUGUUCCCGUCCUACCCGGACUGGUUCCAGGCCUCCUUUGGGAACACAAGGGGCUUCCACAGCAGCAGCAAGAAGACACUGGUCUUUCUCUUCAAGUUCCUGUCAGACCUCGUGCCCUUUGAGGCGCCCCGGUACCUGCAGGCACACAUUCUCCACCCACCACUGGUGCCGAGCAAGUACCGCUCCCUCCUCACGGACUACAUCGCGCUGGCCAAGACGCGCCUGUCGGACCUGAAGGUUUCAAUGGAAAACAUGGGCCUCUACGAGGAUCUGUCUUCAGCCAGGGACAUCAUAGAGCCCGAUAGCCAAGCACAGCAGGAUGUGGAGAAGGCCAUCACGGUGUUCGAACACACAGGAAAGAUUCCUGUCGCCGUCAUGGAGGCCAGCAUCUUCAGGAGACCUUACUACGUGUCGCACUUUCUCCCUGCCCUGCUCACUCCUCGUGUGCUUCCAAGAACCCCUGAUUCCAGAGCAGCCUUGAUAGAGUCCCUGAGGAGGGCAGAUAAAAUUCCCCCAUCUCUGUACUCCACCUAUCGCCAAGCCUGCUCCACUGCCGGAGAGAAGAAGCCAGAAAGUGCUGCCCUAGGGAGGCCAGCGGACGCCGGCUGCGUGGAGGAGCCUCUCGGACCGCUCGCGGCUGCGCUCAGAGAGUUCCGAGCCGCCGUGGCAGACCCCGCACAGGGUGAUGUUCUUUCUGCUCACCUGGCACUGGUCUCCGAGCGGCUCAGCUCCGUCCUGGGCCCGGACGAGGAGGACAGCAGCCGGGGGCACUCACGGGUCCAGCUCAGCCUCCGGGCUCCACACCUGGAGCCGCGGGAACAGGAGGUCGCGGACCUCCUGUUGACAUCUUUCUGUCAGAACCUGAUGGCGGCCUCCAGCUUCGCACCAGCAGACAGGCAGGGUCCCUGGGCUGCGCGCUUCGUGUCAACUGUGUGUGGACACAGGCUCCUCCGGGCCACGCUCACCCGGCUCUGCCAGCUGCUCCGGCAUCAGGGCCCCAGCCUGAGUGCCUCCCACGUGCUGGGCUUGGCUGCCCUGGUCGUGCACCUCAGCGAGUCCAGGUCUGCGCUCCCAGACGUGCACGUGGCCCUUCCUGCCCCCGAGUUCUUCAGUAGCCUCCUGCCGUUUGGGACUGCGGAGACCUCACUCUUCUGCCUGAAAUUUUGUACAGCGGCGAUUGCUUACUCUUUGUGUAAGUCUCCUUCUGGGUCGCAAGAUACUUUGUUCAGCUGCUUAUCUCCAGCCCUCCUGAAAAAGUUCCAGUUCAUUCUCUUCAGGCUGUUCUCAGAAGCCCGAGAACCCCCAUCUCAGGAGGACGCAGUCGGCCUUCCCUGGAGGCUCCUGUGCCUGCCGUCCGCGGACUGGCAACGAGCCGCCCUCUGUCUGUGGAAACAGAGAGCCUUCCAGGAACUGUUGGAGGAGAAAGAAGUUCAUUUAACUUACAGGGACUGGUUACAGCUGGAGCUAGAAAUUCAACCCGAGCUUGAUUUUCUUUCGGAUACGGAAAGGUGGGACUUCCAGCAGUGGGCGAUCCGCGAGCACUUCCUGCCCGCGCCGGCCGCUGCGGGGGGCUGCGGUGGGGAGCUGCGGACUGCGUGCUCGGUUCUUGUCGACGUGCUGAUAGACUUCUGCCACAGUUUGAGGAGUUCCAAUUGCUCAGAGAAUUCUGAUUUGGUUCUCGGUAGCUGCACAGGAAAUCGAGAUAUUUUUUCCAGAUUGCAGGAGAUGGCUGCUGACCUGGAACAGGGCCCAGCGGCGUCCCAGAGCGGCUGUCCUUCGCAGGGGCACUUCCUUUUCCGAGUGUUCCGCUCCCGGCUCCAGGCUCUGGCAGGCGGCUGGGAUGUGGCCGCCCGCCUUCAGAGACAGCGGGAGCUACUUGUGUACAAACGGAUCCUCCUCGGUCUGCCCCCAUCGGUUCUCGUCGGCAGCCCCCAGGCCUCACAGCCAGCCGCCCCUGACUGCACGGAGUUCUUCUGGUUGGUCAACUCGGAGCUGAGAAACUUCUGCUCUCACGGAACUGCCCUGACCCACGACAUCACCGUCCACUUCUUCAGGGGGCUCUUCAACGCCUGUUCACAAAGCAGAAGCCCCGCCCUGACCGCAGACCUGAUCCUGAGCGCAUGCCAGACCGAGUGCCCCAUAGUCCUGACCUCUGCUCUGUUGUGGUGGCCACGCCUGGAGCCUGACCUUCGCAGCCGGUGGAGGAGCUGCUUCCAGGGCCCGCUGCCCCAGGAGCUGCAGAGACUGGGGGAGGCCCGGCAGUUCGGCAAGAGCUGCCUCUCCGGCGACUCGGCACGCCCCCCACCGGGCCCGGCCUGGCUCUCCGCUGCGGCGCUACACUUUGCCAUCCAGCAGGCCGGCAAGGGCGGCAUCAGGAGCCAGCUCGAGAAGCUGGAGCGCCAAAGAGAGGAGCUCCUGCUUGUCCUGUUCUUCUUCUCCUUGAUGGGCCUGCUUUCGUCACACCUGACCCCACACGCAAGGCAUCGGUCACCAUUCAAGACUCAACAGAAGGAGCAAAGGCUCCCUCCUGGGCUAGAGGUCCCCCCUCCCCGCCACGGGCCGGUCUGCGCAGUCAGCCGGCCUCCUCUGUGCGGGCCACAGGCUGCUGACUCCCUGGAGGCUUUGGACAUCUGCGCCGAGAUCCUGGGGUGUCUGGAGAAGAGGAGGGUGUCCUGGCUGGUGCUCUUUCAGCUGACAGGGGCAGAGGGCGGCCUGGGGCCCGUCCUCCUCCGCCUGGCCCCAGACCCAUACAUCAGGCUGCUGCCGUUUGCCUUCUACAGCCUUCUCUCCUACUUCGAUGAGGACGCCCUCCUGAGGGAAGACGCCUUCCUGCACGUCGCUGUCGACAUGUACCUAAAGCUCAUCUGUCUCUUCGUGGCUGGAGAGACCAGUGCAGUCUCGGCUCUAGCCACCAGGAGCCGGGACCUCCAGGGCCAGGGGGACCCCGUAGGCUUGAUAACAAAAGCUCGUCAUUUUCUGCUGCAAUCAAUACCUAGGUGCCCCCAAAAGAGCUUCUCGAACGUGGCAGAGGUAACACCCAGAUGCUCGUUUGGUGUGUGCGGGGACGUCCAGGUCACUGUGUAAACGUGCAACACCCCAAGCAGAAAGGACCGGCAUCUGACGCGUACACUGGGCCCACUCACCUGGCAGCCGCAGGGGGCUGAGCACAGUUGUCUUCCCGCAGCUGCUGGCCGCUCGUGGGGACUGUGACCCGGAAGUGAGCGCCGCCCUCCUGAGCAGACAGCAGGCGCUGCCCGAUGCGGACCUCUACCAGGA